AUGGCCGAGUCCAAUCCAGAGCUGCAGGCCAAGCUGCAUGAACUCGAGAAUGAACUCGAGGAGGGCGACAUCACACAGAAAGGGUACGAAAAGCGAAGAACCGUCCUUCUGUCGCAAUAUCUCGGACCCGCGCAGGCGGAACAGCUGCAGGGCCAAUUGCGACUCCAUAGCCCUUCAGACAGCGACGGAGGGUCCGGCUCUCGCACUGCUUCUCUCGCUGCACUCUCCACGCCGGCCGCGCCGCAACCAACGGAACUCCCGACCCUCGACAUACAGCGUGCGGAAUCCCCCUUCGGAAACCCGGGUCAAGGCGACACGAGGACACCGCAGGAGUACAUUGCAUACCCACCUAGCCAAGUUGGGCGCUUCCAGGAAAGACAGCUGGGCAUAAGGACGAACUCGCUGCAGAGGCAACCGUCCCAGGCCAGUGAGACAUUCAUUCCUCGACCACAAACCCCAGAAUACGCUCCGUACUCUCGCGAUGGCUCCAUGCUCGGCAAUUUCGCCUUCAAUCCGGACACCCAGCCUGGAUAUGAUGGUGGAUAUGGGUCUCCGGGGGGAGAAAUCAGUCGGCGGAGCACGAUGCUCGAGAACCACCAAGGGUACUUUUCCGAUUUUACCGGGCAACAAAUGCAGGACCAUAGGGACUCAUAUGGUGGGCCAAACCGAUACUCAUCUGGCGAUGCCUUCUCUCCUACCGUUGCCAUUCCCCCUCCUAUGCUCAGCCAAACAGAUCUACCAGCAGGUAUGGUAGAGACGCAGCUUCCACUAGAGCCACGAGACCUGCCCUUCAACGUCUAUGAUCCGCACAAUCCCAACAUUUUGAUGUCAAAAUUCGACAAUAUCGGAGCUGUCCUGCGGCAUCGAGGACGAGUACAGCCGAGACAGACUGCUUUCUGGGUUCUCGAUUCGAAGGGAAAAGAGACCGCUUCAAUCAGCUGGGAGAAGGUCGCUAGUCGCGCAGAGAAAGUCGCAAAGGUGAUAAGAGACAAGAGCAAUCUGUAUCGUGGUGAUCGAGUGGCUUUGGUGUAUCGAGAUACUGAAAUCAUCGAGUUUGUGGUAGCGCUGAUGGGUUGCUUCAUCGCUGGCGUGGUGGCUGUUCCCAUCAACAGUGUGGAUGACUACCAGAAACUCAUCCUUCUGUUGACUACAACCCAGGCCCACCUCGCACUGACGACCGAUAACAACCUGAAGGCCUUCCAUAGGGAUAUCAGCCAAAACCGAUUAAAGUGGCCCAGUGGAGUAGAGUGGUGGAAGACCAACGAGUUCGGAAGUUAUCACCCUAAGAAGCAUGAUGACACUCCUGCAUUGCAGGUUCCGGAAGUUGCGUAUAUCGAGUUCUCCAGGGCACCCACCGGUGAUUUGCGAGGUGUGGUUCUCAGCCACAGGACCAUAAUGCACCAGAUGGCAUGCAUCAGCGCCAUGAUGUCCACGGUCCCUACCGGCAACGGCCCUUCAGACACAUUCAACUCCAACCUCAGAGAUCGGAGCGGUAAUUUCAUCAACAACCAUGCGAGGUCCUCGCCCACAGAAGUCAUCUUGAGUUAUCUAGACCCGCGAGAGAGUGCAGGCAUGAUUCUUGCGGUUCUAUAUUCAGUGUACGGAGGACAUACUACCGUUUGGCUUGAAUCAAAGACCGUCGAAACUCCCGGCCUUUAUGCCCACCUCAUCACGAAAUACAAAACCUCGAUCAUGGUUGCCGAUUACCCUGGUCUCAAACGCGCCGUUUACAAUUACCAGCAAGAUCCCAUGGCAACGAGAAACUUCAAGAAGAACUCCGAGCCAAACUUUUCAAGCGUAAAAAUCUGCCUUAUCGAUACGUUGACUGUGGACUGCGAAUUCCAUGAAAUCCUGGGUGAUCGAUGGCUACGACCUAUGAGAAAUCCCAGGGCUUCCCAACUCAUCGCACCCAUGCUGUGCUUACCUGAACAUGGCGGCAUGAUUGUAUCUGUGAGAGAUUGGCUGGGCGGCGAGGAGCGUAUGGGAUGCCCCCUCAGCAUGGAGGAGGAAGAGGAAGAAGAUGCGGAUAAAGAUAAGAACGACCCAAGCGCACUAAAUGGCUACACGAGCUUGAUUGGCGGUGGUGGCACGUCGAAGAAGACGAACCAGAAGAAGAGCAGGACCGAGCUGACAGAAAUACUCCUCGAUAAAGAAGCUCUCAAGCUGAACGAAGUCGUCGUUAUCGCCAUGGGUGAGGAGGCUCGAAAGCGCAGCAACGAGCCGGGGACAAUGAGGGUUGGAGCAUUUGGCUACCCCAUUCCAGACGCAACAUUGGCUGUGGUUGAUCCAGAGACAAAUCUGUUGUGCUCACCAUAUUCCAUUGGUGAGAUAUGGGUUGAUUCCCCUUCGCUGUCCGGAGGCUUCUGGCAGCUGCAGAAACACACUGAGACCAUCUUCCAUGCACGGCCUUAUAGAUUUGUAGAGGGAAGCCCUACACCCCAGUUGCUAGAACUAGAAUUCCUGCGAACGGGCUUACUUGGGUGUGUGGUUGAUGGCAAAAUCUUCGUGUUGGGCCUGUACGAAGAUCGAAUAAGGCAGCGUGUUGAAUGGGUCGAGCAUGGUGUUUUCGAAGCAGAGCAUCGAUACUUCUUUGUACAGCAUUUGGUGGUCAGCAUCAUGAAGACGGUGCCCAAGAUAUACGACUGUUCUGCGUUCGAUGCUCACGUCAAUGGAGAAUAUCUGCCCAUAAUACUGAUAGAAACCCAAUCCGCCUCGACAGCUCCCACGAACCCUGGUGGUCCGCCUCGCCAGCUAGAUAUCCCCUUCCUCGAUUCGCUGUCCGAUCGUGUUAUGGAAGUGCUCUACAACGAACAUCACCUCCGCGUCUACUGUGUCAUGAUCACUGCCCCGAACACACUUCCUCGUGUCGUCAAGAAUGGCCGACGUGAGAUUGGCAACAUGCUCUGCAGGAAAGAAUUCGAUAACGGCUCUCUUCCUUGCGUCCAUGUCAAGUUUGGCGUCGAACGGGCCGUCCAGAACCUAGGACUCGGAGACGAUCCGGCCGGUGGUAUCUGGUCCCCGCUAGCCUCCAUGGCACGAGGCCAAUACCUGUUGAUGCAGGACAAACAAUACUCUGGCGUUGACCCACGCGAAGUCGUGAUCGAUGACCGAACGUCCACCCCUCUGAAUCAGUUCUCCAACAUCCACGACCUGAUGCAAUGGCGGGUUUCUCGGCAAACAGAAGAGCUGUCAUACUGUACGAUUGACGGCCGCGGACGUGAAGGGAAAGGCGUGAACUGGAAGAAGUUCGACAUCAAGGUCGCCUCGGUCGCGAUGUACCUCAAAAACAAGGUCAAAGUGCAAGCCGGCGACCACCUCCUUCUCAUGUAUACGCACUCUGAGGACUUCGUAUACGCAGUCCACGCUUGUUUCUGUCUGGGUGCUGUUGCCAUUCCCAUGGCGCCUAUCGACCAGAACAGAUUGAACGAAGAUGCCCCGGCAUUACUCCAUAUCCUUUCUGACUUCAAAAUCAAGGCCAUCCUCGUUAACGCGGAGGUGGAACACCUUUUAAAGCUGAAGCAAGUGUCGCAGCAUCUUAAGCAGUCUGCCGUCAUUCUCAAGGUCAAUAUGCCCCACACAUACAAUACAUCCAAACCACCGAAACAGUCAAGCGGAUGCCGUGACCACGGCCUGACGAUGCGUCCUGCGUGGGUACAGCCGGGCUAUCCCGUUCUCGUGUGGACGUACUGGACUCCUGAUCAGCGCCGCAUCGCCGUCCAACUGGGCCACGACACCAUCAUGGCGCUCUGCAAGGUCCAGAAAGAGACGUGCCAGAUGACCAGCAAUAGACCUGUGUUGGGAUGUGUGCGGAGCACGAUUGGACUCGGCUUCAUCCAUACAUGCUUGAUGGGUAUCUUCCUAGCCGCGCCCACAUAUCUUGUCUCUCCAGUCGACUUUGCGACGAACCCGAACAUUCUGUUCCAAACAUUAUCAAGAUACAAGAUCAAAGAUGCGUACGCGACGAGUCAGAUGUUGGAUUAUGCGAUAGCACAAGGAGCCGGGAAGACGAUGGGGAUGCACGAGUUAAAGAAUCUCAUGAUUGCUACUGAUAGUAGACCUAGGUCUGACGUUUUCUCGAGAGUGCGUGUGCAUUUCUCUGGAGCAAGCCUUGAUAGGACGGCGAUCAACACAGUAUACUCACACGUUCUGAACCCUAUGGUCGCAUCACGUUCAUACAUGUGCAUUGAGCCUGUGGAAUUGCAUCUUGACAUGAGUGCCCUACGACGAGGUCUCAUCAUGCCCGUGGAUGUAGACACGGAGCCUAACGCGCUAUUAAUCCAAGACUCAGGCAUGGUACCCGUGAAUACGUUAAUCUCGAUUGUCAACCCAGAGACCAACCAGCUCUGCCUCGUGGGCGAGUAUGGCGAGAUUUGGGUGCAAUCCGAAGCGAACGCCUUCAGUUUCUACGGCUCAAAGGAGCGACUGGAUGCGGAGCGAUUCAACGGCCGUACUGUCGACGGCGACCCCAACGUGCGUUACGUCCGCACGGGAGAUUUGGGAUUCCUGCACAAUGUGACUCGUCCCAUCGGACCCAACGGAGCGCCUGUGGACAUGCAGGUGCUGUUUGUGCUUGGCAGCAUAGGCGACACGUUUGAGGUAAACGGCCUCAAUCACUUCUCGACUGACAUUGAGUCGUCGGUCGAACGAUGCCAUCGAAAUAUCGUUUCUGGGGGAUGUGCUGUCUUCCAAGCUGGCGGCUUGGUGGUCGUGGUGGUGGAGAUUUUCCGCAGGAACUUCCUGGCAUCCAUGGUCCCUGUCAUUGUCAAUGCGAUCCUCAACGAGCACCAGCUUGUCAUUGACAUUGUCGCAUUUGUGAUCAAGGGGGACUUCCAUCGCUCGCGACUAGGGGAGAAGCAGCGAGGGAAGAUUCUAGCGGGCUGGGUGACUCGCAAGAUGCGAACGAUAGCCCAAUACAGCAUUCGCGAUCCCAAUGGCACCGACAAUCAAAUUACCGAGGUGGCGGAACCCGCAGGGCGCACGAGCACCUUCAGGAACAACACUGGGCCUGGAAGCACAAAGGGAAGCGUCAGGGCAGGAAGCACGCUCGGCCUGAGCGCGCAGAUGCAGAAUCUACAUGUCAACACGGGCAGCAUUAGCGGUCCUGGUGGAGUCGUGGCCGUCCAAGAAUUGCCAGGAGCACAGUCGGCGGACUAUGGCCCGCCCGCCGGUGUAUCCGAGAUGCCGGCACAGAACUAUCCAGACUCGAUACCUGAGCUUGGGGCCACCGGCCUGCCACGAGAGGGCGACGAUACGCCUACAGAUAUGUAUGGGGCAGCAGCGCGACGAGAGUUCCCGCCUCACUUGACGAGUGUCACCGGGGCGGGGAUGCAUUACUCUCCCGUCGACCAGACGGGCGUCUUCGACGACGAUGCGAGUCGCAACAGUGGCCAACCGCAACAACAGUACGCUCAGUACACGCAGCAGCAGCAGCAGUACGGCGCAGAGGGAGGCGUAACGUCGCCUCUGCCCUCGAUACUCCGCCCAGGCGGAGGGGGAAUAGACGAUGGCAUGGCGGCGGCGGCGGUCGGACCACCCAAGCCGUUCGUCGUGGCCAACGCUGCGGCGGACGACUCCACGCCACAGCCGGGGGCCAACCAUUGGUCGUCCUACCCACCACCCUCCGAUCAACAUCACCAACAACAGCAACAGCAACCCACACCCUACCAAAACUACAACCACGCCUACGACGAAGAAUCCGAAUACCCGUCCUACGGCGGCUACCAAGGUGGUGGUGGUGGUGGCUACGGCGGUGGCUACGGGGGCGGCGGCGGUGGUGGUCUGAGAGUCGCGAACCGAGAUUCAAGUGACGAGGGCAGCAGUAGUCGAGGAGAGGACAACAACAACACCAACGCUAACAAUGACAGCGGAGGCGGGAGGACGUCCAACGACGAGUGGGCGUCCGACGCGAUUCGGAGCAUGAAUUUCGCCACUACUGGCGCUCCUGCGGAUCCAACGACGACUUCGACGACGGCGAAGUAG